GAUCUAGGUAGGCGGAAGACACCGUCUAGCAUCUCACGCCUUCCUAGAUCAUAUUUGUUUGUCAGUUUAACAACUUCUAAUGAGUGGCAUUUGUUGUCAUUAGCAAAUGGAAAAAUAAAAUAAAAUUUGCCUACUUCCUCUUAUUCCAUUAGAUUGCAUAUAAUACAUAUUAACAGUAAAUCCAAAUUUCCGUUCAAGUAAAGUGUGAGAGCGUAUUAAAAGAUUGACUCCACGCGCGCUUCUAUAUUUCUUAAAUAUAUAUAUAUGUAUAUAUACAUAUUAACAGUAAUGUUUUCAAACAAAACAGUGGCGGUUGGCCGGAGGUUCAUGGCAAAGGGAAUAUCAUUCAAGAACACAGCCGGACCAGAUAAACACCAAGCGGUGGCGUUGCGUGCCGGCUCCGACCAGUCAGUCUUCUACAAAUGCUCAUUCGACGGGUACCAAGACACUCUCUACGCCCACUCACUCCGCCAGUUCUACCGUGACUGUGAUAUCACCGGCACCAUCGACUUCAUCUUCGGCAACGCCGCCGUGGUCUUCCAAAGCUGUAACAUAAAACCUCGUCAACCACUCCCGAACCAGUCCAAUACCAUCACCGCACAAGGCCGGACUGAUCCCAAUCAAAACACCGGCAUUUCCAUUCAAUCCUCAACCAUCUCUGCUUUGGAUUCUUUAACUCGUCCUACUUAUCUUGGCCGGCCUUGGAAACCAUACUCCACUACAAUUAUAAUGAAGACUGAAAUCUCCGCAGUGGUUGAUCCCUCCGGCUGGAUGCCGUGGGUGGCCGGCACUGUGCCACCGGAGACUAUAAUGUAUGCUGAGUAUGAUAACACUGGGCCUGGUGCUGCCGUUGCCGGCCGGGUUAAGUGGCCGGGAUACCAGUCUUCUGUGAGUGAUAACGUGGCUCAAAAGUUUAGUGUUGCUUCUUUCAUUGCCGGUGAUGAAUGGUUGCCAGACUCUGGUGUUGAGUUUGUCUCCACGUUGACUUGAUUUUUUCUUUUCUUUUGGUUGUUUUUUUUUUUUUUAAAAAAAUACCUAUCUAUUUUUAACUGAUAGAGUUUUAAUUAUAGAGUGAUAUAUUGAUGUAUAUGGUGAAUUGGUCAAUGUUUUUAUUGAAUUAAUAAUAUCUGGUCUAGUUUA